AUGGCGGACAAGAUGGACACCGACGGAGACGACAAGGGCCAGGGUCAGGGCGAAAAGAAGAAUUUCAUAAGCUCGAAAAAUAAGGAUGACAUGUCAAUCUCUACAAAGAAGAAGGAGGAUUUCGGACCACUUCUUGAAGCAUCGAUCCCUCAAAACAGAGAUUUAGCACUGAAGGAAGGCAAGAAAGCGGAGGCAAUAGAAAAUUUGCUCACGGUUGAGAAGCAAACUCGUUUGGCGGGAGAUGCGAUUGCGACUGGGAAGGUUGCCGUUGAGAUCAUCAAAAUCCUUUAUGAGACAAAGGACUGGGAGGGUAUCAACAGUCAUGUUAUCCUCAUCUCAAAACGGCGCCAACAAUUGAAGCAAGUUUUGGUCGAAAUCGUGCAGGAAGCCAUGAAAUACAUCGAUAGUACUCCAACUGAACCAAUUAAGCUAGAGCUCAUUCACACUCUCAGAGCUGUAACUGAUGGGAAGAUUCACGUUGAGUUGGAAAGAGCUAGAUUGACAAGAACGCUGGCAAAAAUCAAGGAGGCAGAGGGAAAGAUUGCAGAGGCUGCUGAUCUCAUGCAAGAAGUUCAAGUAGAAACGUAUGGGUCGAUGGAGAAGGAAGAAAAAGUUGAUUAUAUUCUCGAACAAGUCAGAUUAUGCUUGGACAAGGGAGAUUACGUUAGAGGAGCAAUCGUCAGCAAGAAGAUUUCGUCCAAGACAUUCAAGGAUGAUCAGUUACAAGAAUUGAAGCUGCGCUACUAUGAGCUCCUUAACAGAAUCGCGGACGAAAAAGAUGAAUACUUUGAAAUGGCACAGAACUUCCAUGAAAUGUGGAAUACCCCCUCACUUCAGGAUAAGCCAGAGAAGUGGAUGCCGUUGUUGAAGAGCGUCAUUGUGCUGCUGAUUCUUUCACCUCAUGAUAACCAUCAAAACGACUUCCUUGUUCGAUUGCUGGAAGAGAAGAAACUAGAGCAGAUUCCUCCUUACAAGGUCCUUUUGUCGCAUUUCAAGACUAUGGAGCUUAUUCAGUGGUCGUCGUUCCAAGAAUUGUACAAGGCUGAGCUGCAAAGCCAUGCUGCGUUUCAGGGUGAUAAGGGUAAGAAGCGAUGGGACGAUCUGCACGCAAGGGUUGUGCAGCACAACAUCAGGGUAGUCUCGACCUACUACACGAACAUCCGUAUGGCUAGACUGGCACAGCUCCUUGAGCUGUCUCAGGAAGAAGCGGAGAAGUACGUGUGUGACAUGGUUGUAGCCGGAUCGUUGUGGUGUCGCAUUGACCGACUGAAGGGAAUCGCUACCUUUGCUCCUACAAAGGACCCAAGAGACACCCUCAACAGCUGGAGCAACAAUAUUUCCGAGCUUCUUGGCAAGGUUGAGAAGAUAUGUCACCUUAUCCACAAAGAAACUAUGCUUCACAACGUCAUUAAGCAGUCUUGA